AUGCGCCUCGCCACCGCGAACCGCAUCGAUUGUCGUGCGUCGUCGCGCACGCGCGCGCGCGACACACACCGUCACUUCCGCGCCGUCGCCCACGCGAGUGCGUCCAGUGGCGACGACGAAUCCGCCGUCGUUCGUCGCGUGAUGGAUUUCGCUCGCACAGACGCUCGCACGCUGAACGACGCCGUGGACGCGUCGACGCAGGCGGACAUCGAUCGAUUGAUCGCGAGUGGACGCGUGGACGGUGGAAUCUCCAACGCUGUGCGCGGGGACGGGAGGUGGGAGGUGUUCUGCGCGCCGCACAUACAGCGGUUGGCCGUCCCGCUCGGCGUACGUUUCGCGCCGCUCUCGUACGACAUCCGAGAGGGGAAGAUUCGAAGCGAUGUGCGGCAUCGAGGGAUAGUUCCGGAUGGGUGGUUGAGCGCGAGCGGAACGGUCAUCGCUGGGCGGGAGAUGGAAGCUGAAGGAAAGGCGAGGCCAUCUUGUGUGAUUCAGUUCGAUAAGUUUUGGAUUGGAGCCGGUUUGACACAGGACGAGCCGCGAGAUUUUCCACGAGGGGAGGAAGCGUCCGCGGUUGAUCGAGCGAUCGACGCGCUCGGUAACGCUGGGUUCUUAGACGCGUUUGCGAAGUUUCCCGUGCUGUUCUACGAUGAGAAGGAAGGGCUCGUGAUUUUUCAAUUUCCGCCACUCGCAUCGAAUAUUUGCGCACGGCGUGCGAAAUAA